AUUUCGACCAUGUGGAGAAGAACCUAUUUAUUGUUACUUGUGAUUCGCGUCUACUUUGCGCUCUCACCCAGUUAUCUCCAUCCAGAUGAGAAUUUCCAAGGCCCAGAGGUUUUCGCAGGUAUGCCACCACUCAAUCGCCUCAAAAUAGGUCGCAUAUUCUCAUACCCUUCAAAGUUACCAUGGGAGUUCACAGUGGAACAUCCGAUCCGCAGUAUAUUCCCAUUAUGGGCAACUUACGAGCUACCGAUGAGCCUGUUGAAAUGGUUCUAUACCGAGAUCGGCUCCGGCAGCCCACCACCACAACUGGUUUACUAUGCGCUGCGCGGAGGAAUGUUUCUAUUGAGCUUUGUGCUGGAAGACUGGGCGAUCUAUGAGCUAGUGCCCUCUCCGCGGCAUCGGCGCGCGACGGUGGUGCUGGUGGCCUCGUCGUAUGUCACCUGGACAUAUCAGACGCACACCUUCUCCAACUCCCUCGAGACCCUGUUGGUUGCCUGGGGGUUGGUUUUGAUUCGGCGCAUUGUCGAAAAUAAGAAGCGCUGCUCCAUCUUCGCUCAUGUUGUUCUCGCUUUCAUCGCCGUCGUGGGCGUCUUCAACCGCAUCACCUUCCCAGCUUUCCUCGUAGUCCCGGGUCUACAAUUGCUGCCUCAUUUCCAGCGCAAACCAACCUCCCUCCUCGCCUUCCUCGCCGCCGGCCUCUUCUUUGCGACAAUAGCAGUCUUCGCCGACACCACCUUCUACCGACCAACAACAACCCUUCUCUCGUUCCUUCGCGACCCAAUAAUAACCCCCCUCAACAAUCUCCUCUACAACACCGACACCGCAAACCUAGCAGUCCAUGGCCUCCACCCCCACCACCAACACUUCACAGCAAACCUCCUCCAACUCCUCGGCCCAGCCUACAUAGCCAUGAUCGCCUCACUCUUCAGCUACCCCCUCGUGCCCUCCUGGAUGCGCAACAUGCGCGCCCUCUCUGCCCUCUCCGCAACAACACUCCUCUCCCUCUUCCCCCACCAAGAACCACGCUUCCUUCUCCCCUGCGUGCCCCUCCUCCUCAGCUGCGUGCGCAUGCGCCGCUCCCGCCUUCUCCUCGCAAUCUGGGUCCUCUUCAACGCAGCAAUGGGCUUCCUAAUGGGCGUCUACCACCAAGGCGGUGUGGUCCCAACCCAACUAGCAAUGCGCGACAUCGUCUCCAAAGCCACCGGCCCCUCCACCCCGGCCGCAACAGUCUUCUGGUGGAAAACAUACUCACCACCACUAUGGCUACUCGGUCCAAACAAAGACACAGCCGGAGCCAACGCGACUGAGAUCACAACUCUGGAUCUCAUGGGGACCCCACCCCUGCAAAUGAUCUCCCAUCUCGACAUGGCAGUCCCAAGCUGCUCCUCCUCUUCCUCCUCCCCGUCAACUAUCUUCCUCGUCGCGCCCACUUCAGCCGAGUUCCUCGAUGCCUACGCUUUAACAGCAUCGACGUCUGUAACGGACCAAAGCCCAGAUAUAAAACUCCUUCCGUUGUGGUCUUACCGACAACAUCUCAACCUAGACGAUCUGGACUUUGCCGAAGACGGAGUCUUACCUACUCUGAAGCGGGUUAUUGGCCGGCGCGGACUGGGCGUUUGGGCUGUGCGUCGAUCUUGCAAAUAG